GUUGUCCUCGUCUGAGAGAAAAUGUUUCGUCAGCCCUGCGCUUCCGAGAUGGGCGGGCUGUGGCGCCGCGCCUCGACUCGGGAUCGAGCGUCGUGAAUUGUGCGCGAGGGGAUGAAUCGAUGAGCCGAAGGACAUGAAUAAGCUCGCAAGGACGAUCAAGCAAGGAGUACGUCGACUCUUUUUCUGGAAGAAACGAAGUUUUGUUUUGGUGAAUCCACAGAAGAGACACGCACAGAGUGAAGUCAGGGUCUGCUCACACAUUUCUCAACUCUCUCCUCGGUGUACUAAAUGAGAAAGGGAAAGAGAGUGAAACAUGGAUGGGGCAAUAUUACCUAUAAACUUCUACUGUCGGAGUGCCCGUCUAUGUUUAAAAAGGGCGGCUCUGUCUAAGAAGUCUCACCUCUGUGCUGAAGAAUUGCAGCAUUUAAAGGCCUUUGAAACUCUUGUAUUAUCCACUAUCCCAGGUCAUCCUCUGUACUCUACAAAGAAAGAGGAGAAGUCCAUAGUGGAGAUCCAGUCCCAAUUGCACGAUGCGCAGAAACGCAUAGUGGAGAUAGAAGGCUGCAACAACACCACGAACAAGCAAUCAACCACUGCUUCAGUCUUGAAGGAAACAACGUCAGGGAGAGGUGAUAGUCAUUCUUCGCAGAAGAAAAGCUGUGCUUCGAACAGGCCUGAAAAAGCAGGAGUGAAGUCUCCAGGAGUUCUGGAGAGCAACCCUGCCAAAGUGAGGCAAGCAGGAAACAGAUCAAGGUCUGAACCUAAUACCCCGCUUAAGUUACGGCGGAAAGAAUCACGAUCUUCUAAAGCCGAAUUUCGAGAAACAACUGGUCAGUCUCAAAACAAGAUCAGGACAUUACCGAGGAAACUGUCCGAGGGUUCCCUGAGAGACAAACACAACAAGGACAACGGGAGCUCUAAAAUGCAGGAUUCUUCCAUACUUGUCAGCAAAUCUGCGCCUACUUCCCGAAAAGCGACACCAAUUUUACAGCGACUGAGGAGUGUGACAGAAUGUUUGGGAGGUGAAAAUCCUCGUCGCACGAAAGAGAAGGAAAAAUUACUGGCGAAGGUAGAGUCUCUGUCCAGAGAAUCGUCACCACUUCGAGAAAAAACCGGCAGACAAAUGCCGCGUGUAAAAUCCCUGGGAUUGGUAUCGGCAAAAGCUCUGCACAGGCCAACCACUGCAGCCACCUCAAGAUUUGAAGGCACCAUGAACAACCAGAUGGGCUCGGACGACGAGGCAGACUGCUUCAAUUCUAGAACCAGCGUUGAGAGAAUGUCUCCCGGUGUUGCUCAGAUGUCCAAUCCAGUGGAACUGAAUCCUGCUGGGAGAGAUUUAGAAAACAAAGGUACGCACAAACACUCUACGGUACAGUAUUCGUCCCGUGGCAAAUUAGAGAAAAGAUGGACGAAGGAAGACCUUUCAGACCAGAGCGGUCCUGACGUAGGUAGUUCACCUCUACAGAGUCCAUACUCUGCAGGGCGGGAGCCAAAUCGCGGGGACGAAGCCAGGCCGCGUGUAAUAGAGCACGGAGCAGAGUCUCAGAGAAGAGAUGAAGCUGCUUGGACCGCCCUCAGAUUGCAAGAACAGUUUGGGGAAGCCCUGAAAGAAUUAGGUGGGCUGCAGGAUAGACACACAACAGGAAGUCUAAACGUGAAUGAGAAGUGUUAUCUUCACGGGCAUGUUGGUGCUGGGGGUGUCAACAGCUACCAACAAGUCGGAUCACCACUGCAGGGUAACAAUGGAAAUGUUGACAAAAUGCAACAUGGGUGGAAGUCAGGGUUGCAUGAUUUAGGAGAAGGAGAAGCCUACUUCAAGCAACAGGAUGGGGAAGGCUGUCUGGAGUACCUGAACGGCGAGUCCGAAAAGAGUGGCAGGAAUAGUCCUGAGAAGACUCCCGGCCCUCGCAAGAGAGCCAAACCGAGGAAUGUGAGCAACGGCGAGCAUAAAAUGGAAGACGAGCGUCCAAGUUUUGCUAGUCGACCGCAUUCUAGAGAUGGGUCCGAAAAGUCUGAUCCCAAAGAAAACUUGCGUGGAGUAAGAGAAGAUUGUGCAAGGUUCCGUGUACAGAUGAAAGCUCUGAAGGAGAUGGCCGAAGAUUCUAGGAUUAGAGAGUUUGCCCUUCAUCAAGAUAAAGAGCCUGCCGCCAAACGGCCAUGCGAUGAGGAUCAUAAUAAUCUUAAAGAAACAAAUAAGAGGGACGUCAAACCCCGAAAAUCGGUGUCCAGAGAUGGGAAAGCAGGUGCCAAAUGGUCUCCCGAGUUUGGAAAUGACAGCGGAAGAGGAGAGAGCGACGUAGAUGACCGCCGACGCAACGGUGGCACCGGUCAACAUCCAUCGUUGUCGAGGCCGAAGCAUACUCAUUCUUCGCAACCGAAAAGACAGCAAUCCAAAAACAAGAAUAGUGCGAAAAGUCCUCGCUUGAGAGUCUCGCCUCCACAUUCUAUCACGCCCCCUACCAGUUCUUCAUCCUCGAGUUCGUCAUCAUCUCUCUCAUCACUUCCUUUGUCCCAUUACAUACAGAAGCUUAAGCACUUGUCACCCGAGAGUAAGUUCCUUCCCAGUCCCCCUAACCAAUCCGGUCACACGAAUUCGGGCUCAUUAAAUCCAUCGAAGGCUCUGUCCAAGUUCCCGCUUUCUCUUAGCGUCAAUGAACAUAAGCAUCAUUAUCGCCUUGAUCUUGACAACUGCAAGACGGUUGACAGUGAGUAUGAAGGUCGUCAUGGAACCUCCCCUGCAGCGAUACUUCUGCCCAAGUCGCCACCGAGCUCUCACACUCUCAGUGCUAGGAUCCAGCAAAGGAUUGGAAACCUUUACAAGGUGAAACCCGACGCAGAAAUUGGCUCUGGCAGGCACGCUGACUCGGACCAGAGACUGGACGCUGUGUUAGGAGGGUGCGCUUUGGUCGCUAGCCAUCUGCAGCGACAGAUCUCUCCGGAAAGAAGAGAUCGCAAAGAGAGGCUCCCCAAGAGUCAAAAGUUCCUAACCUCGAAGGAAGCUUCUGGUGGGCAUGAUUGCCUGUUGUCUUUCGUCGGACCGAAACGACACGAGAAACAGACUGAAGCAUUUGAUGGGACCAUGGCCGGGCUGCAAAGAUUGGUGGGAGAGUUGAAAGGAUCAGUAGAGGGUUUUAAAAUAAGAAUUGAGGUUGAAGGUGAAGGUUGGCGUAGUAGAGUAGACGGUUUGGAAAAGGAGAUUGAGACCCUGAAGGACGAGACCGAUGAUGAGCUCAUGGAGCUGAAAAAAUGUAUCAGAAACGAGGUCAAAGGUCGAAUGAGUGAACUGUCAGCAGAGGUGGAGCGGAUGAGGAGGGACGAGAAGCUGCACGUAGAGAAUUUAGUGCAAGCAAGGAUAGAGAGUCAUUUCAAUAAUAAUAACAAUGCAGCGGUAGUGGAUCUGAAGAAAGAGAUACGGUCUUUGUGGUCCGAGGUGGAAAUUUUGACGAAAGAGAGAGAAGAUAUGAAACAGCACAUGGAACGACUGGCUCGCAUGAGCGAAGAGGCAAAGGAAAAUUCAAUCAGGGAAAUUAAAACGUUGCGGAGAGAUUUACGUAUCGACGGAGAUGGAGACGACAUGAAAAAGGAAGCAGAGGAGCGAACACAAAUGAGACAAGAUCUCGAAAAGAUCAAAGACGAAGGGCUCGAUCUCAAAAUGGAGGUGAAUGGGCUGAAAAGAGGAGAGAAAGGAAUGAAGGCAGAACUGGAGCAUGUAAAGAAGAUGGCUGAAAAGAUUCAGGAGGAUUCAGAAGAGAUGGAGAGGGAUAGAGGUGCUGCACAGAUGGAAGGGGUGCGAGAAAGGUUGCUCAUUAUGGAGAGAGUGGAGAGUCUUUCACAACUUUAUUUAGGUGGGUUAGAGGAGGUGAGGACGGAUGUUUACAAUGUGAAGUUUCACUGCAGAGAUCGCAUGGAUGAACUUGAGAGUCAAUUGGGGGAGUACAAAAGGCAACGAGAUAUGGGAUUUGGAGAAGAUCACUCCUGCGUUCAGAAGCAGCGACUUCUACAUGAGAUGGAACAUUUUCGGUCCGAGGUAUCCGAUAUAUUGAAACAAGAGCGGGGUUUAAUACGUGAUGCCCUGGAGAGGGAGCACGAGUGUAUCCGGAGGCAGAUGAUGGAAAUUGGAAACAGUAAUAAAAACGAACUCUCUUGUAUGAUAAAAGUUGAAAUGCAAAAGCGAAACCAAGCUGCAAAAGAUAAACUCAUGUGUCUUCCCGAGCCAAUGAAGAGGGACAUGGAUAGGUUGAAACUCGAUUUUGAAGAGGCCCAACAAGGUGCUGAAGCCAUCGCCCAAUCACUAGCUGCGGUAGAGAGGGAUAGGGAUCUUGCCGCUCAGGCAGCUGCUGACGCCAGGUCAGCUGCUGCAAAAGCCGGGGAGGUGCUGUCUGAACUCUUGGGACCAUUUUCUUCAGAGAUGGCUGCAACAAGAAGAAAAAGUCUUGCGCUUCAGGACAAUAUUGCAUUCGAGAAAGAUGCAGUUAUUCAGGCUCUUGCAGAAGCUAAGAAAAAGAGUGCCGAGUUUCAGGAAUUUUUGUUACAAGAAAAAACUGGAGUGAGAAAUGCAAUAACCAUUGUGCAGCAUGAACGAGACGCAGCAGCAGCUGCCGCUUCAGAAGCGUCAAAUUCUGCCAAAAAAGCUGGUGAGGUUCUGGCCGAAGUUUUGGGUUCUUUCAAUCAAGAGAUGAACAAAGCCAGGAGGAAAAGUUCUCAGCUACACGAGGGUUUAGAUCGAGAAAGAGAAAAUCUUGAACGUGAUCGAGAGGGAGUUAUUAAGAAGAGUCAUGAAGCGCAAGAGCGAUUCAACGAGGAGCUCGAGAAGGCUAUUACUAGUUGGAAGAGGGCCAUGGACCAGGAGGUCAGCAAAGCCAAACAGAUUACUGGAGGGUUGGAAGAAGAAAGGCAGAGGCUAUCUCUAUAUAGGGAGCAGAUGGAUGGCAAUGUGAAAGGUGACCUUGAAUAUAUUCAGAAAACCAAUGAAGCUUUGACAAAGCUUCGAUUCACGGUAAAGAAUCUGGAAGAUUCUGCUCAGACAUCUCAAGAGGAGAAACAAAGAAGAAGAUCAAUAAAGCAAGAUCUCAAAUCUAAGAAGGAGCAGAAUCUGAAGAUGGAGUAUAGCAAGUUGAGAGAGAAGAUAGAUGAAGCCCUCCGACGUGAAGAAGCUUUGAGGGACCUGGUAGAUGAGUCUGCAUCUCGAGUUAAGAAACUAGAGAGUAUGCAUAUAGACUUACUACAAUCCUUCCAAGAAGUUCGAGCAAGCACAGGGGAUCUAGAAAAAACGGCAUCCAUCUGGCUGCCAAAAUAUGAGAAUGCUGCUCGCAUUGUGCACGACAUAAGUUGCAAGGUUGAGAAGCUCGAAGAAAAAUGCAAAGGUGUGAGUGCGGAGGAAGCACUCAUGCAAAAGAUGGCUCACGAUGCGGAAUCUAAGUUUGAUAGUCUGAAGGAUAUGGCCGCUUCUGGGACUGACGUCAAAGACCUAUUUCAGAAGAUGGAAAGCAGUGAUCGAACUCAAAGUCAAGCUUUAUCAAUGUUGGACGCUAGAGUAUCCAAUCUAGAAAGUGCUGUUGGGCAAGGCCGGGAAGCACUAUCACUAAAACUGGAAUACAUUGAGAACAGAGCUGACUUGGGAGGCGAUGUUCCGAAUAACGUGGCAGGCUUGUGGCAAACUGUUGAAGCUCUUCAAAGGAAAGUCGAAGUUCUGGCGACACCGAGAUCGAAGGAUGAAGAUAAGACAUCCUUGAUGGCAGGCCCAGAUGGUGCUUUGGAAGUCCAUUCCAGAAUGGGUAGUUUAGAAAGUCGAAUUGAGCUGGUCGCGUCUGCUACAUUCACAAACCUCAGGUUGCUUGAUACCAAAGUUGAAGAGUGCACCGCAAAUGCUCGACAAGCUCUAGAAGGUGCAGCUACGGCGGAGAAUAAGUGCAGCGCACUUGGUGUUGAACUUGUGAAGGUGUUUCGGAUGCUAGCUACUUCACGCCAAGCUAGUCCUGCUUUGGCUCAAAGGACGAGGUCACCUCCAAGCUGUGGAAGAGAUCAUUCUCCCACAAAGACGAAAACUAGUAGGACCCCUGGGCCAUCACCACCUAGAAUUAGGUCCGGUCCAUCACCACCUCGGAUCAGAUCUCCUAUUCAGAGGAGCCUUCAGAUGCCUAAUCCGGUUUUCAGAAGGGGCACCCCUGCAAAACCACGAAGUACUAGUGAUUUCACAAGGAGUACACUGGCAUCUGAGAUGCGGAAGGUUACAACUCGGAGUGAGCAGGUGGAGACAGAAGAAGAGUACAUUCUCCUCGGUGAUCGAGGUGAUCCAGCUAGAGAUAGGGUGGCAAGUAGAGACCAAAGGUUUCAGGUGAGAGAGAACGAGACAGUCACGCAGGCAUUAUGCGUACAUGAAGAGCAGCCUUCUGACAAAGGAGCUCAGGAAUUUACUCGGGAGAGGACAACAAGUGUACAAGAAGGAGAGAUUAAAGGUUUAGGACGGCUUACAGUUAGUCAGGACCGAGCAGAUGACAAGCACAAAGAUGGUGGUAGCAAAUGCCAACGAACUAACAUAAGGCUAGAAGCGGGGCGAAUACAUGUCAACGUCAGUCAUCGGUCAGGUGCUCCUGGUAACCGAGAAAAAAAAUCAGGGACAGACCACAAGACAGAUCUGGUUGCUGUCCAGUUAUAAGUUUCCUAAGUCAGCUUUGCUGACAUAAGGGAGAAUACAAUCGCGAUUUAAAGCCGCGCUGGUAGACAAGCUUUCAGCGGCACGCAUGAUCUUGAGGACCGACAAGAAUGUCAAGAAGACUGUUGGUACUGCUUGGGACUCGAAGAACAACAAAUGCAUCCUACAGGCUAGGAUCCAUCCGUGGGCCAAGAUCAUGAAUCGAGCAUCUCCGACACAACUUUCCCAACGGCAAGAAAAAUACUCUUAUCGGAGAAGACUUUGGGCAGGUUUGUACAGUUACAAUCGAAGAACUCAUCCACAGGUGAUUCGCAUGGUCUUAGAGAAGGCAGUUUAUUUUUGUACAAAAUACCUCACUUUGGCGAGGAAAGUGACCAUCACGAGCUUUCUUGACCAUAUUUCUUGGAGUGACAGUUCACUGGAGAAAUUCACUAACUGUUCCGUUGAAGUCUAUUGUGAUAGACUACAGAUCAAUAGCUCCCUUAACCGUUGUAAAAAGCUUGCAACGAAGAAAGGGUAACAAUUGGCCGAAGCAUUGGAAUGCCUGCUGCAUAACUUCUACACCAUGUUGUAUAAUAACCAAUCUGGGCACUCCAACUAAACAUUCAAUCUCUGCAUUGAGUGUAUAGGGAAAUGUUCUCCUUCCCCAUGAUACCUUGCAUAGGAUGGCCUAAGACGGACUAAAGUACCAAUAGACCAUAGUAACAUGAGGAUUUGACAAAGUCAUUGGUACUCAACAGUCCGAACCAACCAAGAGGAUGAUGCCAUAAUUUCUGUCGCAUUCUUCUGAAGUAACAGACUUGAGUCUGUCUUUGAUCUCCAGAUUUCAUCUACCUUCGUUGCUGUUGAAUAAUCCUAUCCAAAUAAAAUCAUUCGUAACCGACAUCUUUGAACCAAACCAUCGUUUCAAAAAAAUAAACAAACAUACCUUUCUAAUCUACUUGCAACCAACGCGCAAUUUGUUCCGUGCAAGAAUUUCUUUUAGCCUCCGGUACACAAAGAUGUCGCAGGGAACAAGAUGAAAGUGUCUUGAAAGGGAGACGGUAAAGGCUUGGAUACCUCUAGAGAGAGCUGAGCAUGCUAUCGGGAAAGCAAGAGCUUGAACAAAAUAAAGAAACCACGAGAAUGAUGAAUGAUGAGAGGAAAAGUAAGGGCAGCUCGUCUGGAAAGCGGGAACAUCGACCCUAGUAUACCCGAUAUUACCAACUGUAACCUGUAACAACGUCACAGUGCCGUCAGAGCUACACAAAAAUCGACUAAUUGGAGUGCACGAGCUCACAGAUAGUCAGACAGCCAAAAGAAUCACAGGAACCAUAUGUGCCUAUUUUCAUAGAGCAGAUUGAUCUCUGCAAAACCUUUAGCCUUAGCAAAAAGUUUCAGGAGUAU